AACGCCGCCCUCCGCCGCCUGCCUCUCCCGCGCCGCCCUCCGCGCCGCCUGCCUCCCCCGUGCCACCCUCCGCUGCCUCCCUCCCGGUGUCUUGCCACCGCGUAUCUUUCGGGCGAUGCCGAUUGCUCCCUCCACAGGCCGAUUGCUCCCUCCACAGCAACAACUACGUUGGCGUGCACAGGUGCAUUGGCUCUCCGGCCUCCUCUCUCUACCACUAGUAUAUAGUCCGCGAGGUGAGUAAGUGGUGACAGAUUAGCUGCUGCUUCUGCUAUUAUACAUGAACUGAAGAAAUUUGGGAAGGAUUUGAUGCUUAUUGAGCUACUACAGAAUGAGUGGCAUUUGUGCCCCGUGGGUGUUUGUUCUAAUGCUUAAGAGAGGAGUGUGUUCCAUUUUUGCUCACAAAAAAAUUGUACGAAAUAAAUUUCUUUUCCAAUAUACACACAUGUGCUCAACAAAAAACAGGAUGAAGUAUUGAAGUUUAUGCUUGCGUACAACUUUCACUCUAUGUUGGUUCACUCAAAAAACACGUGCAGGUGAGGUUGGUGAUUGCUUCUUGCUGCCUCUAUUUUUAUCAUGAUUUGGUGUGUGCACUGCAGGAGUGUUUUUGUUCUGAGAUCAGUUGCUCAACGACAGAAUUGUUAUUGCACAGUACAUGUAUUACUACUGUGAAGGUUCAGAAAUCAGAACUCAAAGAAGUAUUGACAGCAUAACUGCAUAACUACUGUAUAUUCAAGGAGUCGGGUUUUGCUCCUGCGUCAUCUCGUCUCCUCCGUUCAGCAAAAGCCUCCAGAUAAGUUCACACAUAUGGUUUUGUUCUUUCUAUAAUUCUUGAGUCCAAACACCUUUGUUUUUUGUUCCUGAGAAAUUAAAUAAACCUGUAGAAGUUUGUGGUAUAAAAUUCUGUAAGUUCGAAAUUGGGAAACUGGUAAGUGCAGACAAAAUUAAAACUGUCAAAGAACUGAGGCUACGCCACACCAGUACAAACUUUUUAAAUGUUUGAAUUUUGUUACAGCAAAAACUGAAUGGAUGGCAAGAUGAAUAUAAUUAUUAUUAAGAGUUUCUUUUUGAACGUCUCCGGUUAAUAUACAUGAACUUGAUUAUCUUUUUAACCAGUUAAAUAUACAUGGUUGGCAAGAUGACUAUAGUUGUUAUAGCAAAAACAGUACAUUUUUUCAAGAAAAGUUUCUGUUUGAACUUCUCCGAUUAAUAUAGAUGAACUCAAUUAUCUUUUUAAUAUGCACUCACAUGAGCUCGUUUGGAUUUGUGUGUAUAUUUGUAACACAAUCAAUUGAGAUCUCGAGAGACCGUAAGUUCAGUCGACCUUGGCAUCACGAGCGGGUUCAGUUCGAUCUCGCACAGUGGGCAGGUCCCCGAUGGUGUGUGCGUCAGGUCUACUCGCACGAGUGGACAUCAGAUCACGCAAGUGGGCAGGUCCCCAAUGGGGAAAGCUAGAAGAGAGGGGGUAUACAUGGCGUCGGAGAUGCUGCUCAGGAGGAUCCAUUCCAUCUGCUGUCUCGCCGGGGACCGCCGAGCGCAGCUGUUCGGCAGCGGGGAGGGGAUCCAUUGUCUCGUUUCUCCGGUCAGCCAUCCAUCAUUCUGCAGCAACGCAUAUGAACAAGCCGGUGCGGGCUUGCUCAAGCAAGAGUUCACUCGUCUAUCGACGGAGACGAAUACCAAGCUGAGGACAGUCGGUUUGCAAGAACCACAACCCACACGGCCAUGUGUGAUAUUGCAGCAAAAAUAUUGGUUUUAUGUGGAGGUGAUCAGUGUAGCACCGGGCGACCCCGACCACCGGCACCACUUUUUCCUGACCUCCCGCUUGCCGCCCCGCCCGUCCCCUCAUAGGACCUCACCACUGUCGUCUGUCUACCUACUUCCUCGCGCAGAGAAGUUACCCUGUUGCGGGCUGACCUGGAGGCUCCUUCUCCACGUCGACACAAUUGCAGGACCAACUUGCUACUGACCACGCAAGCUUCCUGAUGGAGCUCGUGUCCAAUGAUACUGAAAGGAAAAACUGCUCUAGUUUUGAACUUAUUAUUCAGCCAUGCUAUUACUGAGUGAAAAAUGAGUGAAAGUGUAUUGCAAUUGAUCUCUCUUAGAUCAUGACAAUCCUCUAUUUAUCCUUUGUUUGCUUGUUUUUUGGUCUAUAAUUCAAGAACUUUGACCUUCGUAAUUCGGUUUUUGGUUAAUUUGUUGUUAUGCCCAGUACAAACCAUUAAAUCUGAAGAGGCUUCUAAUAGUGAGAAAAUGUGCAGUCGGUGUGGUGUAUAUGUCAUUCAUGUAUGAAAAUGUGCAGUCGGUGUGGUGUAUAUGUUAUUCAUGUACAUGUAUUAUAUGUGUGGAAAAUUUUCUGUA